AUGAAAGCAAUUAAAGAAGCCAUUGACAUGCACAUCGAGACAAGAAAGACAAUUCGAAAGGAUUCAAGUAAACGACAACCGAUGAGGAAGAAGAAUGUAAAGAAGUUUGAAAAGUUUGAAGCGGAGUUAAUGAGUCCAAGUGAGAAGAAGAAUAAUUUCGAUAAAAUUUUCUACGGUCAAAACACGAGCAUGACAAACAUUGAGCAAAUAGGAAGACGAAAAAGCGACAACAAUGGCGGAUGUUUUGAAGCUGCAUCACGACGAAUUCUUAAACGAAAACACUCAGAAGUUGAGAAGAAAUCUUUUAUUGAGACAAUAAAAGAAAAAUUUGGCUUUAAAAUAGAAGAAGAAGCAGCAAAUCAACCACAAAGAUCGAUUUUAACAUCAAAUGUUAGAAAUAAGAAAGGUGAGAAUAAUUUCUCUUAUCAGCAUGACGACUUCAACUCAUUCGACAUUGUGACUAAUAAUGUGGAAUGUUGUGAUGUUGAUGAGCAUGAACUUCAACAACCACCAAGGAAACGCGUAAAGUUUGAUGAGAAAAAUUUAAUCAUUUCAAGCAUCACUUAUCAACGACAGCAACGAAAACAAAGUGAAGACGAUAAUCUACGCAUGAAGCACUUUUAUAAUAACAAGAAGUCAUUUUUCUCAAAAUUUAUUGACUUUACGGCGAAUUUGUUUUAA